AUGGAGGCUCUCUUCGUUUGGUACGACUACUUCUCCUGCCCGCAAUGGGAGUGCCACGUCACCAACCAGAGGGACGACUACAACCAAGCAAAUGCCAUCAACAGCAUCCCGGGAUACAUAGCCAAGUGCAAGUUCUUCGUAGCUCUAUGUCCGACUAUUGAGUGCCCCUGGCAGGGUAAGGUGCUUUCAGCUACCAGCUGGAGAAGACGCGGCUGGUGCAUUGUGGAAAGGGCCUCCCGAGAGCUGUCCAAAGACAGCACCUGGAUUCUUGUCCAAAGUGACGUGGCUGUUGAAGUCGUUGGUACGGUCGUGUCCUUCGUGCCCGGUUCUGUGGGGGAGGCAGAGUUCACGAACGCGGAGGAUCGGCGGAGACUGGCGCCGGUGAUGCGCCACAUCGUGAUGCAGAAGCUGAAACACUGUCUCCGAGCUGGUGAUCUGCCCGGUUUCCGCCGCCACUUCAACUUGCAGGGCAUGUACCUGCGUGGGCUGGAGAUCGAGCCUGUUCGUGGCCUGCUUCCCAGCCAUGGCACCGACGCGGCUCCUGGUGACCAGGACGUCGUGAUGGAGUUCCUGCAUCAGAAUGGCCUCAGAAAGAUUGGUGAAGUGGACCGUGCAGGGUGGCGGCCGCUUCACUACGCGGCUCUGGCCGGCAGUUGCGAGGUCCUCAAAGGUCUCUUGAACCAGCGUGUCGACGUCAACAAGCGCACCUCGAAGGACGAGCCGACGCUGGGGUUUCCCCCUUGGAUUUCCGCGCUGGACUUGGCAGUGUACUACAAGCACCAUGGGGCCACCCGGCUGCUGCUUGCAGCAAAGGCGCAGCUCGAUGGUGGGAUUUCUCCUUCCAUGCACUAUGCCGCCAUCUCGGACAAUGCAGAAGGCGUCCGCCUGCUGCACACGGCAGGCAGCGGGCUGUUGGCCCAGAACCUGUUUGGAGUCACAGCCUUCCAGGCUGCCGCCACGUAUGCAGCCAUGGGAGCCUUAGAGGAGAUGUUGGUACGUGAUACCGGUGGCCUAGACACGCUCGAGUUGUCGACGGCGCUCUGGUGUGCCACUGCCUUUCGCGGCGGCUCGGCACAGCUUGUGCAGCGCCUGAUCAACUCGCGCGCCGAGGUUGACUUCCAGUUCAGCGUGCCACGCGCCAUCCGCCCAGUGGGCCGACUUUUCUUUGCAGCAAAAUCCUUACAACACUGGCUUGGUUGGGCCAGUCUUCAGACGGCACAUGCCUACCAUCAGCAUGGUAGCACGCCGUUGAUGCAGGCCAUCCGGAUGGCCCAGUGGGAAGCUGCAGCGUCCCUGAUUGCAGCUGGCGCUCGCACAGACAUACGGAACGGCCGCAACUGGACCGCAGCCGACUUCGCCAGGGGCAAAUCGGUCCCCCACUUCCUGCAGAUGGGCUUGGAUGGGGUUCCGUGCGAGUGUAGGAGGGUGUCCUCUCUUGCGCUGUCCGACGGCUAUGUGGAGGUGUACAUGUGA